CUUCCGGACACGGAAGAUGGCUGAAGAUUCGGAUUCAGUUGUAAGUUAUUAAAUAAAUUAAUUUCAUUCAUCGUUAAGAUGAUUUUGCAUUUAAGAAAAUAAAUUAUUAUUUUAAUAUUAAAACUUAAUGAUUAGGCCUUAUUAGUUCUAUCGUUUGCAAAAGAAAUUCGUGAAAAUGUAUUAAUGUUAUGUUAGAAUUAGUUCAUGAUGAGUGAACGAGUCCGAGAGUAAAUAAAAAUGUGAAUGACUGAAUGAGAGAGAGAGAGAGAGUAGCGCUUGUUACGUAAGCUUUUUUCUGUUCUCACUCAACUCAAUGAGUUAAUCUCAUUUAUGAUUAUUUAACACUCAAAAUCAAAGAAGCUGAGAACCAAAAAGUCCAAAUUUACAGUGAGGGGGGCCAAUAUUAUAUAAUAUUAAUAUUAAUAUACAUCUAAUUUAAAUUUAAUAUAUAAAUAUAAUUUCUUAUGCAUAUUAAUAAUAUUAUUAAUUAAUAUUAAUAUUUUGUUUCUGGUAUGUGAAGUAUGUCCUGCUUCCUUUUCACAACUAGAUCUAGUCCUCCCCCUACUCAACAUGUUUUAUAUUAAUAGCACUUCAAUGAGUGAAAAAAACACUUACGAACUGACUGUCAUGUGUGAAAGUUGAACACAGGAGGUAGAAAGGUUUAAAUUUUUUCGAAGGCGACUAUUAAAUUAAUCCAAAGAGCCACAGCGUGAUGGGUAUAGUGUAAAACUAUUGUUUAAAUGCUGGCAGGUAGAGUGUAGGACUGUCUGUAGUCCUAUGCCUAUUGUUUAUAGAAAAUAAGAAGUUAAAUCUUUUUAUGUUAAACUUGGACCCACCAGCUAUUUUCUCAAAAUACUCAGACCCGGUGUAAACAAACUGCACCUGGUUAAGCCCUACUUUAUAUUUGCCUAUGCUUAUUAUUACCACUGUUGGUAUUGUUGGUACUUUGAUAGAAAUUUUAAAUAUUGUCUGAUUGCCAUUUUAUUAAAGGGCUGGUUAUAAAUUAGAAGCAUCCCAAAAAAAAUCAAGUUCUCUUUCUUUCUUUUAUAGAAGGGGAGUUAAAACUUGUGACCAACUUUUUAAAAUUUCAGCACGAUUUUGCCCACACCGUUUUGAUUUUUAAAGAUAAGUGCACCAAAUUUUCAGGAGAUAUUCACAUCUAUUAAAAAAUAUAAAGAACAACAACAUUUUUACAUUACAUCAAGACUUUUUAUUUUGGAUAAUUUUAUUUAAAGGUAUUUAAAAAAAAUAAUGAACAGAAAAGUUGGUAAAUUAUUAUUUGUAAAAGUAAAGGCAAAACCAAAUAGUAACAUGUUAAUUUUAGUUAAAUUAAAUAUAUGCUUCAGUUAUAUUUUAAGUCUAUUCUUUAUUUAUAAAAGGUAAAAGUAUUUUUUAAAUAUAAAAUUGAAUGCAAGAAAUUAUAAAUACAAAUUCAUAAAAUCCCCCAUAAGACUAAUACUUUGAGCAUACCUGUACCAGCAUGUGAUUAAAUAAUAAAAGGUAAUGGGGAUAUCCUGCUUGUAAACUGCUCUUCAGACUUCUUGGUCUUGUUGAGGAAUUCCACAAUCUCUACUUCAUAAACUUUAUCUUUGCCAUCUACAUCCUAAUGUGCCUCAUCGAUGAUGGAAGGAAUUCCACAAAGUUUUCAAUAGAAAAUGUUCUCUUGUACCUGAAAGAAGCCUAGAAAUAACAUCUAACCAUAAUUCUGAAUCUAUACAAUUUCUAGUUUCUUUUUAAUAUUAUUAAAUUUGUGUUUAUUAAAACUCAUUUAUUUUUUAUUUUUUUUUUAUUCACUUAAUAUUUGUCUAUAUAAACUGAUUUUCUAUGUCUGGAAAGACACACAGUUAGUAGGAUAAGUAUUAGUAUGUUACAUCAAAUUAACUUAACAAAUUAAUAAAAAUUUAUAAUUAAACACAUAAUUAAUUUUUUAAAAAUACUUAUUUUAAUCAGGCCUUAGAGUGCAGUUGUAGUCAUAGAAUAAUAAAGGCAUACACCUAAAUAGACUAUAAUAAAAGUCUAUAGGAUUAUAAUAAUAAUUAUUAUUAUAAAUUAUUAGUAGGCCUAAUUUUAGUUAUGUUCUCCCAUGUUAGUAAUCAUUAAUAAGAGAAUAACAAUUAUUAUUAUUGCUAUUACUAUUAUUAAACAAUUAAUUAUUUAUUCAAUAAUGAGAACAGAUGAAAUGGGUACUCACACAAUUUUAAUGUAAUAAAACUAACAAGCAAGUCGUAGUCACCACCAAAAAUUUUUCAAGUUUGGUUAUAAUUUUUUCUUAAAUUUAUUAACUAAUUAUUCCUUUUAAACGUCUUAGAAUUAAUCAGAUUUUUAGGGAUUAUACAAUAACAAACCACUUCAUAAUUGACAGUGGUUAGAGCACUUUCCGGCAUCUCCGUUAAAUAAAAUUGACUUUUGGCAACAUUUUCAUACCACACCUCAUGCUUAUUGGGGUGAGCAUGGUACCUAUCUAUUGACAACUGAAUUGCUGAGUUCAUAAACACUUACGUAUCGAUAGGGAAACACCAAAAAUUGGUUAUCAUGAUUUCUUUAUCAAAAUGGCCACUUCCACUUUUUAAUUGCCGUUUCAAAUUUUAUUUUGCACAUUCUAUUUCCACUUAUAUCUUAGAGUUAGAGUAGGCAUCUUAUUUUCUCCUUAGACGCUAUUGUUCUGAAAAGAAUCAUCAUGUCCCUUAGUCCUUGGACCGUUGGGGCACCUCAGAUGACAUGAAAACUAUCCUUCUCCAUUCCUCUCUGUUUUCUGCACUUUGCACAGCAUUGCCUAGUUUUAGACCCGUCCACUCUUUAAUAUUAUCUUCCCAUCUAUUUCUCUGACUUCCUCUUCUCCCUCCUCUCGUUGUGCCCUGCAUGAUUUCUUUGACGAGCCCUUGUUUUCUUGUCACUUGACCAUACCAGUUUGCGUUCUUUACAGUCACCAGGGGGGUCUUCAUACUGCCCAAUUGUUUGACGAUUCCUUUCUUUCACUUGUUAAUUAGAGAUAUGGUCUCUCUAGCAGAUUCCAAGAUUGCUUCUGAAACAUCUCAUCUCCAUCGCCUUUAUUCUUCUUUCAAGUUCUGCUGUUAAUGUCCAGGACUCACAGGCAUACAAGAAAAUUGAGAGGACUAAUGAGCGCAUCACCCUGAUUUUGGUGCUGGGGGCUAUAUUUUUGUCAUUCCAUAUUUCUUAAACCUCUUUAGUGCUGCUGUGGUCUGGACAAUCCUGGACAUGAAUUUGGGCUUGGAACCUACCUCUGGGACUAUAGCUCCUUGGUACUUGAAGUCGCGUACGGUCUCUAAUCUUUCCUCCCCAAUCUUAAUUGCAGUGGAGAUGCCGGUGGUGUUAUUCGCUAUCAAUUUUGUCUUUUCUGCUCUGAUUUGCGUGCCAUAAGAUGAGGAAGUAUUAUCGAGACGCGUUACUAGGUUGCCGAGCCAGCCAAUCUAUGUCAGGGGUGUCAAACACAAUCACUCAGUGGGCCAAAACUCAAAUCACAUGUAAGGUUGCGGGCUGAACAAGAUAAACAUUCAAUAAGCGGAAAAUUAAUCUUUUUUUAAAAACAUUUAUAUAAAUGAAAACAGAAAAAAAGUUUUAAUAAUUAAAAAUCAUUAAAAAUGGAAUCCAAUGUCAAAAAUUGUACUUACUUACUUUAAAAUGAGAAUUUAUAUAUUGCUAUCCUGCACAGUGGAAGCUGGUCAAGAAGCUCGUUGUUCCAUUCCCUAAAGUGUAUUAUUAUAUAGCUGGAAUGUGGUUUUAGUGCUUUUGUCAAACUUGCACCAUGCAAAGAAAUAAAAAAGAAUAAAAACAUAGGGAAUUAAUUCUGCUCAGAGACUUAAAACCAGGCAUUGAAAAGUGCUAUCACUUUACCUGUCCCAUACAAAGAAUAAUGAACAAAUGAAUACAUUAGAUAUCCAGACCUGGUUACACUUACGAUUUUGGCAUUAAAUGUAUCAAAUGUAUUAUUUUGAGAUGCUUUUGACUAAUAUACGCAGAGACCUGUCAGGUUACGAUUUGAAGUGAAUCUUUUUAAAAAAUAUAUUGUGGUAGUUUUAAUCAUUUUAAAAUUUAAAAUCUAUUUAGACUGUUAGUUUUAGCUCCUACAUCCUGCAGUGGGAAAUAUUGGUUGGAGACCAUCCAUAAUACUAUUACAUACACAAUGAGGGGGGAUAUGGGGGUUGGUUUUUGUCUAAUUUGUGUAUGGGUGUGGAUGGAAUGGGAAAAGGCAUAGGUAUAUAAAUAUUCUUAAAGGCUAUAAAAUAAGACCUUGACUUUUCGUAAUGAUGGUGAUGAUCAUCAUAUUGUUUAUUUGUGUUGAACUCGUUAGAUACGGCAACAGUAAUAUUUAGUAUAGUCACCCUAAUGACAAAUUUAGUCAACAUUCGCUUUUGCCUGCUUCCGUACCCAAUUAUGUAAGAGUGUGACAUAAUUAUUUUGUUCUUUGGCUGAACAGCAAUUGGGAAUAUGGAUAAAGCUGUAGAUUUUUAGAAUAAGUUCUCAGUUGCUCAACACACCUGGAUUGGAUUUAAGAUAUUUUGUAAGAUCUAGUAAGUGGCAAUUGAAAUCUAUUUUUUAAAAGUAACUAAGCAGCUGUAGAAUUAUAAUAUCCCAGCACUCUUCUUCCUGUCUCCCGAUACAGCUCGCUGUGGUUAUCAGACUAUAACAUGUUAACGGAAAAUAAAAUCGGGCUCCUAUGUUUAAUACAACGUUGGCCAAACCAUUGGCCACCACAUGAAAUAUCCUGGCUGCCUGGAUGUUUGACAUAUGAACUUAUUUCUUUGUUCACUUAUCAAUUAUUUUCAAUUUGGCAUAAACGCACACUUGAAAUGUAUUUAUACAUCAUAUUUUGUGACGGUAAAAGCCAUUUUGGUGUAUUUUCCUUUUUUGGGCUGAUUAAAAUAAAAAUGAAAUAAGUAAUAUUAGAUAUAAAAAAUAUAUAAAAAACUUUUUACAAUUUAGUUACCAAUAAAAUAAAAAGGAUUUAUAUAAACACAGCUAGAUAGAGGGAAUCUUAUGUUCCACAAGCAUUAUGAUUAAGUGUAGAAAGAUGCAAAACUAUAUUCAGGUAAAAGCUAAAGUGCAUCCUUGCAUUUUGAAUUUAUAUGAGAGAUAUUUACAGAAGCUUUUUUUUCAGAGGGCUGCAUCAAAAAAAAAAAAUUAUUUUUUUUUGCUAGCCGCAUGACAAUUUUUAUUAGAUCUCAUACAUGUCAUUGAAAAUGGGUUAAGAAAAUUUACUCAUAAUUAAGUUUUUUUAAAAAUUAUUAUUUGAUGAACUUAUUGUUUUUACAUUUUUUUUGACACUGAUUAUAAUUCAUUUUAAAUGGCUUAGCAAACAAUCAAUCAUAAUUUGUUCAUUUUCCAAAAAAUAUUCAUCCAGUUCCGGGAAGGUCUUGCAGGGCAGAUUGGCCAGAGGGCUGUAGUUUGCCCACUCCAGUUAUAGAAAUGCAUAUAAAUAUAUACAGUUGCUUUAAAUUAUAUACUGCACACUAUGUUAUCCAAAACUUUGAUUAAAAUCAUGAAUUUGAUCUAUCACUCCACAUCACAGGGAUUUAAAGUUGAUGGUGUAUCAGUAGUAUAGCAGGUUGCUUUUCAGGACUUGCAUAAGCCAGAGCAAGGGAGAAAAUGAAUUUUUACCUUGACAUUUUGAUUUUUCGCACUGGCCUGCUCUUAAGAAAAAUUAAAUAAUCGCUACAGUCCUAAAACCACUUGAAUAUUAUGGUAAACAAGAGAAGGGCAGAUCAAACGCUUUAAAUAACGAAAUAGUGAUUGUUAGUAAUGGCGUAGUAUUAUCGACUGUUUAAAAAGGGCUGUGGCACUCCCCCAAAUUAUUAUGCCACCUAUCAGCAACCCCCAACUAUCCCAAACUAAUGGUGCGACCUGUCCAGUGUGAUGACCUAUACAUAUGUUAUACAGUAUGCCUUUUUAUAAUUUGAUUUAACAUAUUCCUGUUUAAGAUUACGUUUAUUACUGCUAUUAUUAUUUAAUAAAGAUUUAUCAGCCAUGUUUGGUUGGUAUUACACUUUUAAUAUGGAAAUAAGAACUGGUACUUAUUGUACACAAAUAUGUUUACUUAAUAAUAAUGAAUAACAACCAUACUAAAAAGCUUGAAAGCCUAUUCAUUUCUAUUCAAAAAAUGGUAACAUUUCCCAUUAUAAACUACUUGGUUUUGUUCAGGUGUUAAAGUAUUAAGGGGCCAGUCGGUGGUUUCAAAAUAUGCACAGUGUCACUCUGGGGUGCCACAUUGCUCAAGGGCAAUACCAGUAGAAAGGGGCAAAGGAGGUACUCGUCCCGGCUGCCAUCAUCAGGGGGCACCAAAAUGGUCUUAAGAUAGGAGAUAGUAUUGAAAUUAUAAUAUCCAUGUACCGGUACCUUACUUCACUAAACAAGGGGCGCCUAAAAACAUAAAUUUACUGGUCUGCCUUGGGUGGCUCUUCUUUCUAUUUAUUUAGAGAUGCCAUUUUCAGGAAUCGCCCAGUGGGCCACUUUUCUCCUGCCCUGGGUUCCAGCAGAUUUCUCACAGUCUCACCGCAAAUGAUGUUGCUUAGUGACGUACAUACCUGUUUUAUUUAUUUUUACCCAAACCUAUUAUUAUUUUUAAAUGUAUUCUCAAUUUCAAAUUGUUUUUACUUGUAAGAAUUUAACAUAGGGCGUCUGGUGCAAACCUAAAUUUGGCAUAAAUUUUGUUAUUAUAACGGGACACAAUAGUUGCCAAGUCAUUGAUGAGAAAUAGACAGAUAGGAUUUGUGGUGGCAAAUAUAAAAAAAAAUCUCUGUAAAGCUAUGUACAUCAAUAAAGUUAUAAUUAAUUAAUACCAUAAAUAUAUAAAUACAUUUUAUGAUAAUAAUAAAUAUAUUUUAGGCAUCUUCUGGCCUUGUGUCUGAGGAUGAAAUGUUUGCUUCUUCAAGUACAAGUCAUUUUGAACCCGGGGAAAAGCCUAGUACAUCUGCUACUGAUUCUGAUGAGCUAACUACAUAUCCAAGGAGGAAGAUGAAAUUAAAAGAUGACAAAAUGUGUGGUGUGUGUGGAGAUAAAGCUUUGGGUUAUAAUUUCAAUGCUAUAACAUGUGAGUCAUGCAAAGCCUUCUUCAGGAGAAAUGCAUUGAAAGACAAGGUAAUCAACUUAAUCCUAACCUUUUAAGAUACAAAUAUAGAUGUUUUUGUUAUUACACUUCUUGUUAAUUUUCAAAAACUUAGAGCAUUAAUGGGUAAAUAGGGAGUUUAGGAGAAAGUGCACUGGUACAGUAUUAAUGUCAAAACAAAGGGUUCUAAGGGGUAAGUGCACUGGUAACGUUUUGAUUGCUAAACAAAGGAUUUAGGGGGGAAAAGUGCACUAGUACAGUAUUUAUAGGUAAAAAAAAAGUUUUAAGGGUAACAUGCACUGGCGUCUAUAAAGUGUUUUCAACAAUAUAUGGAGGAGGAACUCUUGUUAAAUAUUUUAUAUUCACUUCGCCUUAGUUCGUGGCUAGCUGACAGGGUGGCGGACUGACAAAAUCUCCUGACAGCUAAUUGAUCCACUUCUCAUCACAACACCUGGUAUCAAAUUUUUCAGCCCCAACCACCGAAAAACACCCUUUUAAAAGGGGAAGAUGAAGGAAAUAUGUUGACACUGAUUUUAUGAAGCAUCAUUCCUGAUAACUACGCUAAAUAAUUUUAUUAAUGUAGUUCAGGGGUUUGAACAAAAUAUUGUCGUUGGCAGGCGGGGAGGGGGGGGGGGGGGGGGGGGGGGGGGGGGGGGGGGGGGGGGGGGGGGGGGGGGGGGCGGGGCUGAAAUGUUAAGCCAGGUCUCUAAUCCAAAUAGAAUUUUUUCUAUUAAUUUGGUUAGUGUCUGUAAGUUGAUUUUACAUUGUUAAAAUUGAACAGCCUUAGCUGAGAUUGAGAAAUGUGAGAAAAAUAAUUUUUUGAAUAUACAAUAGGUUUGAAUAGUUUUUGCAAACUCUUGAUGUUUAAAGUUUGAUAAAUACCAAGUAAGCCAUACUGCAUUAGUUGAGCAGUAAAUAUGACAUUAAAUAAAUAUUUAAAAUGUAUAAUUUUACUCUUAUAUUAACACUAUUUAUAGUGUUGUAUUUUAUAAGCAUUUUGCAUUUAUGUUGAUCUAAAUAAACUGAUCUUUCAACUAAAUAACUUACAUUAUUAUAAUACUUUGUGUUGUAAUUUUCUUUUCUUAUUUUCUAUAGACAAUGGUGUGCCUUUUUGAAAACAAGUGUAUUGUUGACAUUCGAACUCGACGUUUUUGUCCAGCAUGUCGAAUUAAAAAGUGCUACAGUAUAGGAAUGAAUAGAGAAAUGAUUUUAGGUAAUUUUGAUCUUUGUUUUUAUCAUGUCAGGGAUUCUGAUUUAAAUAGUUCAUAUAUAUGAAACAAUAUCUUUGACUCAACUGUUAUAUACAGUUAUGUUUUAGUAAUGAAGUAAACUGAGAGGUUCGUUACAGCCCCAUUUUUUUUUUCAUUUUUAAAUAACUUUUUUUUUAAAAUGCUGAACAAAAUUAUUACUUAUAAAAAUUUUAUUUGUGAAAGCUGAUUAACUGUAAAUAUUUAAUGUUGAUUAUUUUUAUUCUCUAGAUGACACAGAAAGAAAGAAACGAAUGAGUAAAGUCAUGGCAAAUAGGGCAAAGCGAGAACCUUCCACUACUACAUCAUCUAUAGUGAUGCAAAUUAAAACUGAGAUAGAUCCUUAUGAUUCAAUGAUGUGUCUGCCUAGCGGAGAUGUUGUUACAGAAGUUGAAAGACCACCAACUCCAUUUGGAAAGGCUCAUGGCAACACAUCUGAUAUCAUCUUUAAACAUGUCCCUAAGCACUUGCUACCAACUGAUAGUACCAUGUACUAUACUUUAACUAGAGAUGAGUCGACCGUCCUCUCUGAUAUCACACAAGCUUAUCAAGAUACAUUGGCUGCCAUGCCAGAAAUGGGACCUUAUUCCGAGGAGAAAAAAUACACUAAACCUGCCGACCUUGUAAAUCAUUCAGAAGUUUGUGUGCGAAAGCUGAUCAUGUUUGUAAAACAUUUGGUAGACUUUAAGAGACUCAGUCAAGAGGACCAAAUAGCAGCUUUAAAAGCAUGUGUCAUGAAAACACUUUUAUUGCGUUCAGCUCUAUUUUACAGCAUAGAAAAGGAUGCUUGGUUAACGCCGAAAGGAGAAAUUCCUUCCAGUAUCCUGAAACGAUCCACCGGCUUUGUCUCUCUGCAUAAUAAUCAUGUUUAUUACUGCCGCAGAGUGAAAUCCAUGGCACAGGAAGACUACCACAUUUACGCACUUUUACA